AAGUUUGGCAUUGUCUAAGUAAUUAGUUUGCAUUGUAUUGCAGAGUCAAGAAGAGCUUAAAAUGGCUGCUCUAGCAAACAGAAGUGUAAAGAGUUUAGUAGAUACUGGCAUGAGGGAGAUUCCCAAGUCUUAUAUUCGCUCGGAGAAUGAGCGCUCAAAAACCACUGCAGUCUGCACAGAGAGCAUUCCUGUGAUAGAUCUAAGUGGCAUAUAUGGGCCCAAUAGAACAGAGGCAAUCAAUGCCAUUAGCAAAGCUUGUGAGGAAUGGGGUUUCUUCCAGGUGAUAAAUCAUGGGGUUCCAGAGAGGGUGAUAGAGAACAUGAUGAGAGCUCACCACAUGUUCUUUGAGCUGCCAGAAGUGGAAAAGGCCAAGUACAAAGCUGAACGCCAUGAUAAGCCUGUUGUAUAUGGAACCAGCUUUACUGCAAAAGACCAAAAGGUUCUCGAAUGGAGGGACUUUCUCAUGUUCAUCGUUGAAGGAACCAUUGAUGCCCAAACACUUAAGGACUGGCCUCCAAUCAUUCGAGAUUCAGCUUUGGAAUACAUGACUGAGGUGAGAAAGGUGGCACUAGAGAUUCUUUCUGCUUUGUCAGAAAGCCUUGGCAUUUCUGGUAUUUUUGAGAGCAUAAUGGGUCAUGAGCGAUUGCUCUUGAAUUACUAUCCUCCAUGCCCUAACCCAGAUAUGACAUUUGGUGUGAGUGAGCAUUCUGAUGUGGGUUUAAUUACAGUCCUCUUGCAAGAUGAUGUGGGAGGGCUUCAAGUAUCACAUAAUGGCCAAUGGGUUGCAGUGCAGCCAAUUUCUAAUGCUCUUCUGAUUAAUGUGGCUGAUGUCUUGCAGCAGGUGUUAAGCAAUGGGAAGUUUCAGAGCGUGGAGCAUCGUGCUGUGCCCAAUUACAGUCAAGCUCGCAUAUCCGUUCCAUUGUUUUGUGCUCCAGCCAGGUCCACCAUUAUCAAGCCUGUCCCUGAGCUUGUUAAUGAGCACAACCCAUCUAAAUACAGACCAUUUACAUUUGGGGACUAUUUAACCUACUUUCAUAGUCGAUCUCAUUCUGGAAAGGCUGAUAAUUUGGCUUAUGCAAGACUUGAGUAGAGGUGUAUUCAAGUAGGUUCUACUAGAAUUAUUUAGGAUGAUAGAACAAAAUGCUAAAUCACAUGUCUAUUGAAAGCUACUGAACAAGAUGGAAUCUACCGAUGUUUGAUUUUUAUGUAGUAGGUCCCUGUAAGAUGGUCCUUUAUAUCUAUCAAAAUAUGGAAUAAGUUUUCUUAAAAUUUUAUCGUUUAUUGAUGGAGAGAUCCUUUGAAAUAAAUGUAGAUAGUUUUUUC